AUGACAGACAGAGCAAAAAAACUGCUAGAUAAUUUAUUAGGUUUAAAUAGAAAUAUUGUUAACAAUGAAGAUUAUUGCAUAUAUUAUAUUGCAGGUGGUUGUCCUUACGAGAUACUAAAAAAUACCAAAAUAUCAUUAGGUUCUUGUAAAUAUAAAAUUCAUGGGAAAAUAGAACAUCCAAGUAAAGUAUUGUAUGAAAAAGAGUUGUUUAAAUUAAUAUCAAAUUUAUUAAAUCAGAUUAGUAAUAAACCUAACAAAGAAAUUAUUAUAAAUGACAAAAAUAUACGAAAAAAAGAACACAAUUUAGAAAUAAAAUUAGACGAAAUAGAAAGUAAUACUACUGAUGAAAAUAUAAUUCAGAUGUAUGAAAAAUUUAGGUUAUUAGAAAAUGAAAUAAAAGACUACGAAAAUGUGAAACAAGCAUAUUUUAAGAAUAACACUGAGGGCGUAGAAAAAUGUACAACUUGUAAUAUUCCGAUUAUAAAAAACUUUUAUAGUGAAAAAUACAUUAGACAUUUACAAGGUAGGGCACACAACGGAAUAUUACGACUUCGAAAAUUACAUGAUGAUUUAAAAAAGAAAUUUUUUUAA